AUGGAUACUGGUUUCUCCCAGCAAUUUAUUCCGGGGCCCGAGUUUCCGAGCCCUGCGGAGUCCAACGCACAUAUACCGUCUGAUUACGCCGGCCUAGCGAUUCCACUGGAUCCGACCUCCUUCUUCCAUAUUGUCCCUACUGUGUCGAACGGGCAAUUUAUCGGCAUUUCUCAGUCGCCCAAUGCUUCCACUAAUGCCAAUCUUGCUCACGAUGCAGGUUUAUCUACACAUUCAUAUGACGAUUCUUUUACAUCACACGGCACUCAUCCGAAUUUGAAUGAUAGGUCCUCUGACCAGGUAUAUUCUACCUUCCCUCCAAUGGACAGUUCAAAUUUUGCGAACAUGAGUACGAAUACGAAUACCACGCUUGAGAGAGUUCCUACGAUGCCUAUCAAUUCGGGGGCCUUUGAAGACUUUGCACGCCAAUGGCCUAAUUUCACACAAGCUCCAACUAGCCUCGCAACGACGGUCGAUUCGGCGCCUCGAUAUUCUUACAAUCCCAAUACAGCUACACACUCUUCACCUCCUAUUCAACCCCCAAUGUCUGCACCACCAGUAAGAUAUCCAGAAGAUUCCGAAGAAAUACAGCAUCAUUCCCCUCAACAUCCUUUUCUGCAUGGACAGGUUAUGAUGAAUGCAGGAGCCCAUUCUGUCAACCCGGAAGCGGUACCCCGACAAGCCCGGAAUUUACAGUCAUUUUCUCAUUCUGGUGCCCCGGCUGUUAAUCAUCAUCAGAGGCGACAUCACCGUACAAACCCCCUUGGUCCUGCUCCAUCAGCAAUAUCCUCUCACCACAGGGCCAGGUCCAACACCCAUUCUUCACGGGCACGGCAACGGCCUACAACCACGAGCUCUCCGGCAAAUUAUUCGCAAGUUUCAUCCGCCCAGUCAUCAGUAAUUCACAAUCAGAGAAACCACACCUCCAACAACGCCGCUCACCAUUCCCCAUCUACGACAAUACCAGCAGGCCGGCCAUCCACACAACAUCAUGAAGUAUCCGCUCAAGUAUCUGAAGGCGAUCAAGUGCAAGAUUGGGUACAGAAUAUGCGUCCCGGCGAACUCCGAGCUAUAUACGAAGCCACUCUGGCUCGUAGCCGGAGGGCAGAAUCCGCCUACUUUAUUUCCGCCGUCAGCAAAAAGAUACUUGACUCCCCGCGGGAAUGCCGUCCUGAGCCCAAAGAAACAGAAGAGUUAACCGUCAAUAUGGAAUGCAAAGUCUGCAUGACCCAGCUCGUAGACACCGUGUUGCUGCCAUGCGGACACGCAAUACUCUGCCAGUGGUGCGCAGACAAGCUCAUCCCUUCCUCAAAUGGCUAUCCAAAGGGAAAGACAGCCUGUCCUAUGUGCCGGGAUCCUAUAAAGCAAAAGGUACGCAUAUUCACUGGAUAG